CUGGGAGUCUUGCAGCUGCAGGUGUCUUCGCAUCAGAGGGUCGUGUUGGAGCUGUUUUGCGCAACAUUCACCCAUGCACCUUACCAUAAGGCACGAUGCCAGGGAGCAAGGAACCUCAACCCUCUUCCUUACCAUGCAGCCUAUGUGGGUCACAAAAUCCACAUGGACCAAAAUGAGAAGAUUGUCAUGUUUGGCGUGACUCAUGUGCUGGCAAUAGAUGGCUUCUCCAGCAAAAUUGUUGGACAAGCUACUAUGCCUGUAAAGAACAACCUCACCAUCUACAAUGACGUUUACAGGAGUGCAGUAAUGGAAUAUGGGAUGUGGGACCAGGUCAGAGUGGAUCAUGGAAAGGACUUCUACCUCACUCUUUUCAUGCAGGAGAAGUUGGCCAGCCACCGCCACAACACUGAAAGGCCACCAUAUCUCCAAACACCAUCAACAAAGAAUCACAGAAUCGAGAGAAUCUGGCCAGAAAUCAACAACCGGGUUAACUACCCGUUGAAAGCUACAUUGGUCCAACUGGUGGAUCAGGAGGAGCUGGACAUGGAGGACCAGAUGACUCGGUUCUGUGUGUCAUCUUUGACAUGCCAGUUGGCCCAGAUCGGUGUUAACCGAACUGUGCAAGCAUGGAAUGCACACAGGAUUCCUGGGAGGGGGAUACCAAAUUACUUGGCCAGAGAUGGAUGCCCAAAGAAGCUGUCGACAGACCUUUUGCCAAAUGCAUCUGUGGCUGCAGACUGGUACGACCAGGAAGUGGGCUCACUGACACGAGUGUCAGACUUUGGCACCAACCCAUUUCCAAGUUUACAGGACCAGGAAGCUGCAGUGAGGGGAUUUGCUCUGCAGUGCCCUGAUACAAGUGGACUGCUGGACAAUGCAGUGAAUAAUCUGCCACAACCAUUCAAAGAUGGACUCAAAGGCCUCAUCGACAUCUCAAGGAGAAGUUGUCAACUGCAGUUGGAGCAAGAGCCCGGCUCAGACGACACGAGCCUGCCGUCAGCCUGCCACAAAUUCCUCCAAUCCCUCUUCACAGUCUUCUCAUCCCGGCCUCAUUAUCCCGAGGGUCUGGCAGUCAUCAGCCGCGCGGCAAACGUCCACCGAAUCCGCUCUCGCCGGUCCCACGGCGUCGUCAUUGUGUCGAGCAAACGGAUCGCAGACAUCACGAUUUUUCAGGUCCCGGGACAGACGUCUCCGUCAGAUUCCCAGAGCUCGCUCUAA